AUGUCAGAGACAGAGAGACACUCACAGGUCAUAACAUGCAAAGCGGUGGUAUGCUGGGGAAUAGGAGAAGCAGGGAAGGUGGAAGAGAUACAAGUAGAGCCUCCAAAAGCGUCUGAAGUUCGGGUGAAGAUGCUCUACGCCAGUCUUUGUCACACUGACAUCUUGAUUUCCAAAAAGGCCACCCAAUUGUUACCUCUCUUCCCUCGAGUUCUUGGGCAUGAAGGCGUCGGUGUGGUAGAGAGCAUCGGGGAAGAAGGAGACAUGGUGAUUCCAACGUUUGUUUCAGAGUGCCAAGAAUGCGAGAAUUGUGUUUCGGGAAAGACAAACAUGUGCCUCAAAUAUCCUUUAUCGUUCACCGGUCUCAUGCCGGACGGCACUUCAAGAAUGUCUGCCAAGGGACAGAAGCUGUACCAUGUAUUUUCUUGCUCAACAUGUUCAGAGUACAUGGUUGUGAAUGUUAAUUACCUUGUCAAGCUUCCUCCCAAUAUGAUCACUAGUGGUAGUUUUCCGCUCCCCCACGCAAGCUUCCUCUCCUGUGGAUUUUCUACUGGAUUUGGGGCUCCUUGGAAGGAAGCUAAGCUUGAAAAAGGAUCGACCGUCGCUGUUAUUGGUCUUGGUGCUGUUGGAUUAGGGGCAGUUGAGGGCGCUAGAGUGCAAGGUGCCGCUAGGAUCAUUGGCAUCGACAAAAAUGACAAGAAAAGAGAAAAAGGAAAAGCUUUUGGAAUGACUGAUUUUAUAAACCCUGAUCAUCAUCAUCAUCAUCAUCAUAAAUCAGUUUCUCAGCUGAUCAAGGACUUGACAGCUGGAAUGGGUGUUGAUUAUUGCUUUGAGUGCACCGGCUUUGCACCCUUCAUCAAUGAAGCCCUUGAGGCCACAAAAUUGGGAAAAGGAACAGCAAUAGUCAUUGGAACCUCAAAUAUAACAAGCGUUCAAAUUAAUUCCCUUUCCCUAUUGUGUGGCAGAACCUUGAAAGGUUCCAUGUUUGGAGGGCUCAAAACCAAAACCGACUUUCCCCUUAUAAUCCAGAAAUGCAUGAAUAAGGAUAUGCAACUUGACCAACUUUUGACUCAUCAAGUUCCUCUGGUAGACAUUAACCAAGCACUUGAGCUUUUAAAGCAUCCAGACUGUGUCAAGGUUCUUAUCAAGAUUUGA